AUGGUGGAUAUCGUCAAGGCCAUGGGGUGGAAUUAUGUGUCAACAGUGGCGUCGGAGGGCAACUACGGGGAGAGCGGAGUUGAUGCAUUCAUCCAGAUUUCGCGUGAGGCAGGGGGUCUGUGCAUCGCCCAGUCGAUAAAGAUCCCGAGAGAUCCGAAACCGGGAGAAUAUGACAAGGCCAUAAAGAGGCUAAUGGAGACCUCCAAUGCACGUGGAGUCAUUAUAUUCGCCAGCGAGGACGACAUCAAACGGGUCCUGGACGCAGCAAAGAGGGCAAAUCUCACGGGUCACUUCCUGUUUGUGGGCUCUGACAGCUGGGGUGCAAAAAUCUCACCAAUCCUGGACCAGGAGGACAUGGCAGAAGGAGCUGUCACCAUCCUCCCCAAAAGAGCCUCCAUUGACGGUUUUGACCAGUACUUUACCACCAGAUCUCUGGAGAACAAUCGCAGGAACAUCUGGUUUGCAGAGUUCUGGGAAGACGAUUUCAGAUGUAAACUGACACGGCCAGGCAUAAAGAUCGAUAGCGAAAAGAAAAAAUGUACAGGUAAUGAGAGGAUAGACCGUGACUCCCCUUACGAGCAGGAAGGGAAAGUGCAGUUUGUGAUUGACGCGGUCUACGCCAUGGCCCACGCUCUGCACAACAUGCACCUGGACCUCUGCCCAGGCUCCACAGGGGUCUGUGACAAGAUGGACCCAGUGGAAGGACGCUUGUUGCUGAAAUACAUACGCUCGGUGAACUUCAAUGGUAGUGCAGGCACUGGAGUCCUGUUUAAUGAGAACGGAGACGCACCAGGACGUUAUGACAUCUUUCAGUACCAGAUGACCAACAUCAGCUACCCUGGGUAUAAAACCAUCGGCCAGUGGACCAAUCACCUGAGACUCAAUCUGGAGGAGAUGCAGUGGUCGGGGGGCGUCCGCACGGUGCCCGACUCCGUCUGCAGCUUCCCCUGCAACCCGGGCGAGCACAAGAAGAUGGUGAAGGGCGUCCCGUGCUGCUGGCACUGCGAGCUGUGCGACGGCUACCUCUACCAGCUGGACGAGUUCACCUGCAAGGCGUGCCCGUUCGACCGGCGCCCCACCGCCAACCGCACCGACUGCCGCCCUACGCCCAUCAUCAAGCUGGAGUGGCACUCGCCGUGGGCCAUCAUCCCCGUCUUCGUCGCCAUCCUGGGCAUCGUGGCCACCUCCUUCGUGGUGGUCACCUUCAUCCGCUUCAACGACACGCCCAUCGUGCGGGCGGCGGGCCGCGAGCUCAGCUACGUGCUGCUGACGGGCAUCUUCCUCAUCUACCUCAUCACCUUCCUGAUGAUCGCCGAGCCGGACGUGGGCGUGUGCGCGCUCCGGCGCCUCCUGCUGGGCCUGGGCAUGUGCAUCACCUACUCGGCCAUGCUCACCAAGACCAACCGCAUCUACCGCAUCUUCGAGCAGGGCAAGAAGUCCGUCACGCCGCCCAGGUUCAUCAGCCCCACCUCGCAGCUGGUCAUCACCUUCAUACUCAUCUCUGUGCAGUUGAUAGGUGUGUUUGUGUGGUUCGGCGUGGUGCCUCCACACACCAUCGUCGACUACGAGGAGCAGCGGCCGCCCAACCCCGAGCUGGCUCGUGGCAUCCUCAAGUGCGACAUGUCCGACCUGUCGCUCAUCUGCUGCCUGAGCUACAGCAUCAUCCUGAUGGUGACCUGCACCGUCUACGCCGUCAAGAGCCGCGGCGUGCCUGAGACCUUCAACGAGGCCAAGCCCAUCGGCUUCACCAUGUACACCACCUGCAUAGUCUGGCUGGCGUUCGUCCCCAUCUUCUUUGGCACAGCACAAUCCACUGAGAAGAUGUACAUCCAGACGACCACUCUGACGGUGUCCAUGAGCCUGAGUGCCUCGGUGUCGCUGGGGAUGCUCUACGUGCCCAAGGUGUACGUCAUCAUCUUCCACCCGGAGCAGAACGUCCAGAAACGGAAGCGCAGCUUCAAGUCGGUGGUGCAGGCGGCCACCAUGUCCACCCGCCUCUCCCAGAAGUCCAUCAACGAGAAGCAGAACGGGGAGACCAAAAUUGAGCCCGACAGGACACAGUAGCCCAAGAUGGAUUAUGUACUAUCAGAGGCUUCGCGACAAAUGGACUUUGAGGAGGAGAAGAUUGCUGCUGUAUACAGUAUUAAUAGCAUAGAUAGAGUACCCAGAUCUUCCGAUGACAGUCAGUGCUGCC